AUGGCUGAUGUGGGUCGAGCCAGCAAACCUCUCAAAGCAUCCUCACCAGGGAAGAUUCCCCAGCGAAAGCCUGCAGCACUCCUUGCCCAAGUUCUCUACUUGCCCACUGCUCUGUCAGUGAGUCCUCCCGUGGCUCUGCAGCCCACUGCUCUGUCAGUGAGUCCUCCCGUGGCCCUGCAGCCCACUGCUCUGUCGGUGAGUCCUCCCGUGGCUCUGCAGCCCACUGUUCUGUCAGUGAGCCCUCCCGUGGCCCUGCAGCCCACUGCUCUGUCAGUGAGCCCUCCCGUGGCUCUGCAGCCCACUGCUCUGUCAGUGAGUCCUCCCGUGGCCCUGCAGCCCACUGCUCUGUCGGUGAGUCCUCCCGUGGCUCUGCAGCCCACUGCUCUGUCAGUGAGUCCUCCCGUGGCUCUGCAGCCCACUGCUCUGUCAGUGAGUCCUCCCGUGGCUCUGCAGCCCACUGCUCUGUCAGUGAGUCCUCCCGUGGCCCUGCAGCCCACUGCUCUGUCGGUGAGUCCUCCCGUGGCUCUGCAGCCCACUGUUCUGUCAGUGAGCCCUCCCGUGGCCCUGCAGCCCACUGCUCUGUCAGUGAGCACUCCCAUGGCUCUGCAGCCCACUGCUCUGUCAGUGAGCCCUCCCGUGGCUCUGCGGCCCACUGCUCUGUCAGUGAACCCUCCCGUGGCCCUGCAGCCCACUGCUCUGUCAGUGAGCACUCCCGUGGCCCUGCAGCCCACUGCUCUGUCAGUGAACCCUCCCGUGGCCCUGCAGCCCACUGCUCUGUCAGUGAGCACUCCCGUGGCCCUGCAGCCCACUGCUCUGUCAGUGAACCCUCCCGUGGCCCUGCAGCCCACUGCUCUGUCAGUGAGCACUCCCGUGGCUCUGCGGCCCACUGCUCUGUCAGUGAGUCCUCCCGUGGCUCUGCGGCCCACUGCUCUGUCAGUGAGCCCUCCCGUGGCUCUGCAGCCCACUGCUCUGUCAGUGAGUCCUCCCGUGGCUCUGCAGCCCACUGCUCUGUCAGUGAGUCCUCCCGUGGCUCUGCAGCCCACUGCUCUGUCAGUGAGUCCUCCCGUGGCCCUGCAGCCCACUGUUCUGUCGGUGAGUCCUCCCGUGGCCCUGCAGCCCACUGCUCUGUCAGUGAGCACUCCUGUGGCCCUGCAGCCCACUGCUCUGUCAGUGAGCACUCCCGUGGCUCUGCGGCCCACUGCUCUGUCAGUGAGUCCUCCCGUGGCCCUGCAGCCCACUGCUCUGUCAGUGAGUCCUCCUGUGGCCCUGCAGCCCACUGCUCUGUCGGUGAGUCCUCCCGUGGCCCUGCAGCCCACUGCUCUGUCAGUGAACCCUCCCGUGGCCCUGCAGCCCACUGCUCUGUCGGUGAGUCCUCCCGUGGCCCUGCAGCCCACUGUUCUGUCGGUGAGCCCUCCCGUGGCUCUGCGGCCCACUGUUCUGUCAGUGAGUCCUCCCGUGGCCCUGCGGCCCACUGUUCUGUCAGUGAGUCCUCCCGUGGCCCUGCAGUCCACUGUUCUGUCGGUGAGCACUCCCGUGGCCCUGCAGCCCACUGUUCUGUUAGUGAGUCCUCCCGUGGCUCUGCAGCCCACUGCUCUGUCGGUGAGUCCUCCCGUGGCCCUGCAGCCCACUGCUCUGUCGGUGAGUCCUCCCGUGGCCCUGCAGCCCACUGCUCUGUCGCCCACUGCUCUGUCAGUGAGCCUUCCCGUGGCUCUGCAGCCCACUGCUCUGUCAGUGAACCCUCCCGUGGCCCUGCGGCCCACUGCUCUGUCAGUGAGCCCUCCCGUGGCUCUGCGGCCCACUGCUCUGUCAGUGAGCCCUCCUGUGGCCCUGCAGCCCACUGUUCUGUCGGUGAGUCCUCCCGUGGCUCUGCAGCCCACUGUUCUGUCAGUGAGCCCUCCCGUGGCUCUGCAGCCCACUGCUCUGUCAGUGAGUCCUCCCGUGGCUCUGCAGCCCACUGCUCUGUUAGUGAGUCCUCCCGUGGCUCUGCGGCCCACUGCUCUGUCAGUGAGCCCUCCCGUGGCCCUGCAGCCCACUGCUCUGUUAGUGAGUCCUCCCGUGGCCCUGCAGCCCACUGCUCUGUCAGUGAGCACUCCUGUGGCUCUGCAGCCCACUGUUCUGUCAGUGAGCCCUCCCGUGGCUCUGCAGCCCACUGUUCUGUCAGUGAGCACUCCCGUGGCCCUGCGGCCCACUGCUCUGUCAGUGAGCCCUCCCGUGGCUCUGCAGCCCACUGCUCUGUCAGUGAGUCCUCCCAUGGCUCUGCAGCCCACUGUUCUGUCAGUGAGUCCUCCCGUGGCUCUGCAGCCCACUGUUCUGUCGGUGAGUCCUCCCGUGGCUCUGCAGCCCACUGUUCUGUCGGUGAGUCCUCCCGUGGCUCUGCAGCCCACUGUUCUGUCAGUGAGUCCUCCCGUGGCUCUGCAGCCCACUGCUCUGUCAGUGAGCACUCCCGUGGCUCUGCGGCCCACUGCUCUGUCGGUGAGUCCUCCCGUGGCCCUGCGGCCCACUGUUCUGUCAGUGAGCCCUCCCGUGGCCCUGCGGCCCACUGCUCUGUCAGUGAGCACUCCCGUGGCCCUGCGGCCCACUGCUCUGUCAGUGAGCACUCCCGUGGCCCUGCGGCCCACUGCUCUGUCGGUGAGUCCUCCCGUGGCCCUGCAGCCCACUGCUCUGUCUUUGGUGCUUUGUCUGGAACAACUCUGA